CUUCCUCCCUCCCUCUCUCCCUCCCUCCCUCCCUCCGUGCUGGCGCCGCGCUCCUUCCCUCCCUCCUUCCCUCCCUCCCUCCGGCCGCGCACCCCGCGCAUCCCCGCAGGAGCAAUUGCCAGCAUGAUUAGGGUCUGAGGAAGUGCGUCUGUGUUCCUACUAAGGGUCUACGGGUGCAGAGGAAGGGUCCAAGGACAGCAAGGACAUUUUGAUCUACCAUGGAUAUCCCCACUGACUUGGUGCCUUCUUCCAUGAUGUCCCAGCCUGAGGUGAUUGAGUCCACAGCCAUGAGCGAACCACAGUGCUACUACAAUGAAACCAUUGCCUUCUUUUAUAACCGAAGUGGAAAAUAUCUAGCCACUGAAUGGAACACUGUCAGCAAGCUUGUAAUGGGACUGGGGAUUACCGUCUGCAUCUUCAUAAUGCUGGCUAACCUCUUGGUUAUGGUGGCUAUUUAUGUCAACCGCCGAUUCCACUUUCCUAUUUAUUAUUUAAUGGCCAACUUGGCUGCUGCGGACUUUUUUGCAGGGCUGGCCUACUUUUACUUAAUGUUCAACACAGGACCCAACACUAGAAGAUUGACUGUAAGCACUUGGCUUCUCCGUCAAGGUCUCAUUGACACUAGCCUGACAGCCUCUGUAGCCAAUUUAUUGGCCAUUGCUAUUGAGCGGCACAUUACAGUUUUCCGAAUGCAGCUACAUACUCGGAUGAGCAACCGGCGAGUGGUGGUCGUAAUUGUUGUUAUCUGGACUAUGGCGAUUGUCAUGGGCGCCAUACCAAGUGUUGGAUGGAACUGUAUUUGUGAUAUCACUCACUGCUCCAACAUGGCACCGCUCUAUAGUGACUCCUACCUGGUCUUCUGGGCUAUUUUCAACCUGGUCACUUUUGUCGUCAUGGUGGUCCUAUAUGCUCACAUCUUUGGGUACGUACGUCAAAGGACUAUGAGAAUGUCCAGACACAGUUCUGGGCCCCGCAGGAAUCGAGACACCAUGAUGAGCCUCCUGAAGACUGUGGUCAUUGUGCUUGGUGCUUUCAUCAUCUGCUGGACCCCAGGAUUAGUCCUGCUGCUCCUUGAUGUUUGCUGUCCUCAGUGCAACGUCCUGGCCUAUGAAAAAUUCUUCUUGCUCCUGGCGGAGUUCAACUCUGCCAUGAACCCCAUCAUCUACUCCUACCGGGACAAGGAGAUGAGCGCAACCUUCAAGCAGAUCCUCUGCUGCCAGCGCAGUGAGACUGCCAAUGGUCCCACCGAAGGCUCAGACCGUUCAGCAUCCUCGCUCAACCACACCAUCUUGGCUGGUGUCCACAGCAAUGACCACUCAGUGGUAUAAAACCACAGGCAGUUGCAUGGCCGAUGAAAAGCAGCAGGCUACUCUGUGGAGCAGGGUGGAUGCACGGCCCUGGGGAAGGUAACCCGCUCACAAGGCUUUCUCAAACACUAAUGGACUACAAGUGCCUCUUUUCCAGGUAGCCCAAUACACCAGUGCAGUCUGCCAUGUCCGAAGAACUGGCCAUUCUGCGAGGCCUUUGAUUUCUGCUUUUAAAAAGGAAAAAGCAGAUCCUUUGUGACAAAGGUCAUUGAUAGCCCAUGAAAGCCUCGCUGAGACUUCAUCGGAUUUAGCUGCAUCUUGGUGCCAGUCUGAAUCAACUCUGAUUAAUUAAGCUUAUACUUGCUUCACUGCAUUUACAUGUAGCCACUUAGUCUUUUUAAAAAGGGAGUAAAGGGGAUAAAAGUAUGCCUAUCAUUUAAUAGACAUGUAAUAUUUAUCACCAUCAGCAUGCUUGUGAUGAACUUCUUCUGUGCAGGGAGUAAAACUGUGCUCUAGUCUUCAUAUCCUUAGUCACACUGCCAUAACUACAGUAAAAACAAAAGUAUUUUUUUCUAAUACAGGCAACAGGAAGAUGAUGGAAACUGACUCUUCUUACCUUCAUUACUGGUGUUAGAGAGCAUGCAUGUUCUGUGUGUAUGCAUAUUGUUUUAACUAGGGGGGGGAGGGAAAGCUUGUUGUAAAGUCUGCAGGAAAGUAGAAAAGCAUAGAAUGUAUUCCAGUGUUUGUUUAGAUUAUGAAAUAAACAGUACUCUAGUCACAAGGUAUUUCACGUUCUUCUUUGAAGUGCAGUAUGAAAUGUGUAACAUGUGAGAGGUCCCAAGAAGUUCUUGAAGUAGGACACAUCCCUCAGGCUCCUAAAGGGCUACAGUCAAGUUGGUAGUUUUUAAAAAAAAUAUUUAUGGCAUUGGAAUGCUUUUCUUGUUCAUGGCAGAAAGCAAAGUCGUUUUUAAUGCAAAUAUGUAUGCAUUUUUAUGAAACCUUUUGUGUGAUUAAAAACAGAACACUUGCAUUUUUACAGUAAGAAAUAUUUGUAAGGCAUCUUUUAAAUUAUGUGCCCUUCAUUUCAAAAGCAGUGGGCCAAGAUACAAUUUUAUUUUGUAUAGGCAAGAUAACAUAUGUAAUAGUCUAUUGCAAAUGACUGGUCUGUGCUACGUAUAAUAGCCGCACAUGUACAUUGUUAUCAAUAGCUAAGCUAACAGAUGGAUUUUUUUUCAUAUAUGACUGUUUCAAAGAUAAAUGCCACUCAUGUGAAUCUUAGUUACCAGGAGCCAGUGACAUUAAUCAAAACUCCUUGUCAGGGGAUAAUGUGAGCAAAGAUAGGAUCUUACUGAUAAAAAACUUGGGACCUUUCUCUGGGAAAUGCUGUAUUCUCAUAACAAUGUAAAAUAAAUCCUGGCGCCAUUUUCCUCAAUGUAAUUUGCCUCUAUAACAAAAUGAAAAUAAAUAAAAGUUAAAACCCAAAAAAAAAUAACAUGAAAAAAUUAAGGGAUAUAUCCAUCAAUGCAACAUACUGAAAUGCAUCGUGGGGGGCAAUAUUCUCCCAUUUGGACAGGGAGGAGAUGGAGGGGAGAGGAUAAACACAGCAAAAAGCAGAUGUUUUAGCAUCUCUUGCUUCUAAGUAUAAAAUUGCUUGGAAAAGGUAGUUCUUUGUUGAAGAAAGGAAAAGCAGCAUGUUAGCAAAAUCUAUCUCCACUAAAUAAAGUGAUAGUUCUGCACUGUUUUCAGUAAAACUGAAAUUCACCUGUACCAACGAGCCAAAUUUAUGUGAACACUGUGGAUGAUGGAGUGGGCAGAGGGGAUAAAAGCAACGUUAUCUUCCAGUUGACCCAGGUAUUGAAUGUUGCACUUGCUUCUGACAAAAUAGCUCUUUUUUCUGACUGUGCUUGAGAGCAAGUGAAUAUAGAGGGUGAUUUAUUUUUCAUCCACUUAACUGUACUGAGAAAGAGAAGAACAGGUUGUAUGAACUUUUUCAUUUGAAAGCAUCUGCUUGCUAAGCCAGCUGUAAAUUUUUCUGCCUGCAUGAUGUUUGAGCUAGUGCGGGUAAGCAGAAGAAAUGAGUGGAUAAGAGUGCCUCAAAAGCCAAAAGAUGUCUGACUGAAAAAGAAUUUCCGUUUCUUCAAAGUGCUCAGAGUUCUUUUGUUUCUGGAUCUAGGGAGAGCAUUUUUUCAUGUCCCCAACUUUCCCACAAAAGAAGAACAUCAUAGACUGAUCAGGGCAGGAGGGGGGGGGGAAGUUCCUUUUUAAGUGUCCUUUUUACUGCAGUUUGCAUGUUCUUUAUUGAAUUUAUUCUGUAUAGGGUGGGAGGAUGAUAUUAAGAAAUAGCAAAUUAUUCUCCGUGGUUUACCAUGCUGAAUGUGUGGUGGGUUUGGAGAAGCCACAGGUGAAUGAUUUUAAAUUAGGGGUGCAAUAAUUUGUGUCAUACAUCUGGGUCCAGAGGCCCUUGUGAAGAUGGAAGCCCAAGGAAGCUUUUCUCAUUGUAAUUGCAAGAAGUGGCAGUUGCCUCCCAGGUACAAGGAUCAGCCCUUCACCAAGGAGGCACUUGACAAUUCAAGAAGCUGGACCUUUUGAACUCUUAACAGCAGUUAAAUUUCAGUUGUAGGGCAGAUUAAUCUGGGAGCACUUCUGGCAGGAGGUGACUUUUUCUUCUAAAAGGUGAAGUGCAAUGCUUUAGAUCAAAGGCAACAGGAUGCAAACAUUGCUUAUAUGAUUCCACUAGAGGAACUCAAUGAGCAUGUGGCUGCUGUUUAAAAAUUUAAUUAGUGCUUUGUUUUGUUGACGUGAUCUCCCUAUGUCCUUGAGAAAUCUGAUCUGUGGAUUGAGUGUUUCUUUGCAAAAUGAUGAAAUUAAAACUGCUGUGAGCAAAGAGAAUAAAAAACCAGAGCUUGGAAUAGAAGGAUUCGUUUGCUCUCUUCUUUAGAAUGGUUCCCAUGGCACUUGGUUUCAUCUCAGAUUUUUUUUAACUUAUCUCUGUUCAGAUUUUCCAGCUUCGUUGUGCAGUUGUGGAACUCACUUCUGCUAUGUGAAAACACGGUGCAAAGUACUUAGGGAAAAAAAAUUGCUCCACUUAUUUUUACUUAUCUCAAAUCCUUCAGAAGGUUUUAGAAGACUUCUUAAAAUACCAGCGAUCCUCCCACAGUCAUUAAAAUUCUUCUGUUGCUGGCUGCCUCUGGUCCAAGUAAUCCUCUUGAAGUUCAAAUGUAAUGGUGUUUGUUUCAGCUAUUGUAGUGCCUUGGCAGUUGUGUGUUAAAAGAAAUAUGGUUGAUGAAAUCAUUCGUAAGUCAAAGAAAAUGUGUUUUUUCUACUUCCUUUUUUCAGCAGCAGCCCAAGUCUGAAAACUAAUUGAAAAUAUUUGCUUUGAAUGAAGGAUUAUUAAGUAGAAUUUGAACUUCCUGUUGCAGUUGUGGAGAGGCUGG